UCUUGUUGUCUCGCUUUUUCAGGUAAAGCGGCGUAUCCGCGUAUAACUCCUGAUGGCUAUAAUGCCAAUCUGAACGAGAGCAAAGUGGUGGAGUUGAAAUGCUUGCUACCUAGUGGGACUAGGAUAGUCCUGUGGUUCAUUAAUACAGUCAGUGUCUUUGAGACUGAAGACGAAAAUCUGAGAGAGAGGGGAAUCAGUUUCAAUACCGCAAGGAGAGUGGAAGAGAAUUCAACCUAUGUAUCUAUUUUCAUUCAACCAAAAGCUGAAAACGAUAAUACAACGAUUCAGUGUGAGGCAAUCACAAAUACAGGAUUACUGAAAAGUCCUGAGGUGGUGUUCAGAGUGCAAGGUCUGCUGGAUCCACCAACUGGUCUGGAGAUAGUUCACCAUAAUGCCACCCACCAAGUUCUGAGAUGGACUCCCCCCUUCACUCUGGACCUGACGGCCUACGAGGAUGACAUCACUGGCUAUUCAGUGACACUGGAGAUGGAGAGUCCUCCCCCUCGCGACCCCUACGACCUCUCUGUCUCCAGGGACCUCCUGGACUCCACCACCAACUUCACCUGGAGUCUGUCUGGCCACUCCACAGAGUUCUUCUUCCCUCGCUAUGCCUUCCCCGUGUGGCUGAGUGUGAGAGCUGAGAACCCAGUGGGUCUCGGAGCUCCCUCUCCUCUCCUCCAGUACUCUCCCCCCACCUCCACAGAGGAUUGUACCAGACUGAAAGACGUGGUGUCAGAUAGUUCUCUGGAGAGUAAAGUGAAAUUCACCAACUCAGCUUUGACACCCACAGUGGAGAUACUGCUAUAUAGAGUAACAAGCAAGAAUAUGUGUAUAGACAGUGUGAUGCUGAUGCUGUCAGCAGGAGAUGAGUCAGCCAGUUCCAGUAGUGGAGGGAAAGAGGCUGGAGGGACUAGUCAGGAGGUCCUGAUU